UUUUCAUUGCCUGCAAUCAGCAGCGCAAGGGGCAAACCGGGAAACGAAUCGACCUCUCUCCACCCGAGCUUGCACACCCAGCUGCCCACGCGGGGGGAGACAUGGCGACGGAAGAGGAGAUGCCGGAGGAGGCCACGGCGGCGGCGGCGCCCGCGCCAGCUGGUGGAGGCGGGGACGACGCGGAGAUGCGCGACGCCGCCGCGCCCUCGGAAUCCGACUCGGACUCGUCGGACUCCGACGACGAGGGGGCGGCCGGCGCCGACGAGCUCCGCAUCCAGGCCCUAGAGCAGGCCCUCCAGGAGCAGCCACUCGACUACGAGACCCACGUGCAGUAUAUUCAGUGCUUGAGGAAGUCAGGCAACAUCGAGAAGCUUCGUGCGGCGAGGGAAGAGAUGAACAAGUACUAUCCUCUUACCCCGAAGAUGUGGCUGGAGUGGGCGAAGGAUGAGAUCUCAUUGAGCACAAGUGAGGAAUCUUUUCGGGAUGUUGAAAAGCUCUACGAGCGUGGGGUGCAAGAAUACCUGUCCAUUAAGUUAUGGAGGGAUUACCUUGACUAUGUUGAAGAGCAUGAUCCAUCAGUGUCCCAGUGUACACCCGCAGGCCUCUCCAAAAUGAGAGAUUUGUUUGAGCGUGCUAUCACUGCUGGGGGGCUGCAUGUUACUGAAGGCAGCAAACUGUGGGCCGCUUAUAGAGAAUAUGAGAUGGCGAUCUUGAUCACCAUCAGUGAUGGCAAUGAUGAGGAAAAGGCAAAGCAAGUUCAACGUAUACGCACGCUAUUCCACCGCCAGUUAUCUGUUCCUUUAGCUGAGAUGGAAUCUACACUUGUUGAGUAUAAGAGCUGGGAAGCAGAGCAAGCGAAUGCAAAUGACCCAGGGUCCACUUUUGAUGGUGUCCCCUCAAAUGUCACAUCUGCAUACAAAAAGGCCAAUGAUAUGUACAAUGAAAGGAAACAAUACGAGGAUCAACUAAGCAAUGCAGGCGCAUCUGAAGCUGAUAAACUGCAGGAGUUUCUGAAAUACCUCAAAUUUGAAGAGUCUUCUGGUGACCCUGCUCGUGUUCAAGUUCUUUACGAGCGAGCUGUUUCAGAGCUUCCUGUGUCAAGUGAUCUAUGGAUAGGAUAUACAAGCUACCUGGAUAGAAGCUUGAAGGUGCCUUCUGUACUCAGAAGUGUUUAUUACAGAGCCACAAGAAACUGUACAUGGGUUGCUGAGCUAUGGGUCCAUUAUUUGCUAUCUUUGGAGCGAAUUCAUUCUUCUGAAGAAGAGCUACGUCAUGUGUUUGAACGGGCAGUACAGUGCUCUUUUCCAACCAUACAAGAGUAUCUCAAUGUUUAUCUUACUCGAGUUCAUAGUCUAAGGCGGAGGAUUUCAGAUGGGUUGGAUUUCCAGCUGAUUAGGAAGACAAUCAUGGAUGCUGCAGAAUUUCUCUCACCUCAACUGGGAACCAAGGAAUUACUGCACUUGAAUGCGUAUUGGGCCAAAUUAGAGCGUAAUCUUGGCAAAGAUCUUGCUGCAGCUCGUGGAGUUUGGGAAAACACUAUAAAAAAAAGCGGGUCUGUUUUGGAAGUAUGGCAGCAGUACAUUUCAAUGGAGAUGGAAAUGGGAAAUAUACAUGAGGCACGAUCACUUUAUAAGCGCUGUUAUAGCAAAAGAUUUGCUGGAUCUGGAUCAGAGGAUAUAUGUCAUGCAUGGAUAAGAUUUGAAGAGGAGAAUGGCACCUUGGAUGAUUAUGACCUUGCUGUAAAAAAGGUCACACCUCGGCUAAAGGAGUUUAUGAUGUUCAGGUCUCAAGAGGAGGCUAAAGACGAGGCUUACUCUGUGCUCAAUGAUAAUCCUAAUGCAGAUGAUUCCUAUCAGAAAAGAAAAGCAAGUAAGAUGACCAAUAAGCAGCAGCCUCCUGCUAAGAAAAGGAAAGAGAAUCCACCAAAAAGUGCCAAAUCAUCAGAUGACCAAGGGUCAAAGACACAAAGUAGACAUAGUGCUGCUAUCACUGCUGUAGAAGUUGGAGAUGUCACCAGGGAGAAGGUUGAGGCAUCUACAGAAAUGAAUGUGGACACUGACAGCCGAACAGGGAAUAUAGGUUCAAAUGAACCAAAGCCAUCCUUCUACAAUGACAAGUGCACAAUAUUUGUCUCAAAUAUAGACUUGAAGGCAAAUGAGGAUGACCUGCGACGGUUCUUCUCUGACAUCGGUGGCGUCACAGCAAUAAGAUUGCUGAGGGACAAAUUCACCAAAAAAUCAAGGGGAUUGGCCUAUGUGGACUUUUCAGACAACAAGCAUCUUGAGGCAGCCCUUAAGAAAAACAAGCAGAAGUUGCUGGGAAAGAAAGUGAGUAUCGCUCGGUCAGAUCCAAGCAAGGGUAAGAAGAGCCGUGAGGCAGGUCCUUCCUCCAAAGGCCAUGAUAACUUGCCUCAGAGUGGUGAUGAUGGUGCAAAAGCACCCGGAUCCAAUAGACCAGACAAGGAAGUACCCAAAGGUGAUGUGAAAAUCACAGGGAAGAACACCCAUUUUGCACCUCGGUCUGUGGUUAAACCUCUUGGGUGGACUAGCAAGGAUGAGAAGCCAGAUGUUGGCCCAGGAGAGUUGAAAUCAAACGAGGAGUUCAGAAAUCUGUUGCUUAAGAAGUGAUCUUGGUAGGCAGAUUAGUUCCUUAGCAUCUUUACAGAACAUGUUCACCUGAAUGCUACAGCUACCUUGUAAUAUCCACCACUGUGUGUUGCUGAUUUUCUUUUGGAUCUGAGUCAACUCAUAGCUAUGUGUGCAGGUGCUUGGACCUCCGUGUCCCAUCCAGCUUGUUCUGUUUAUACUCCAGUGGACUCAUGCUCUUUUUAGAUGGACCUCUACCACUUUCAGCUAGGGAUCCACAAUUUUUCUUGAACCAAAUGAAGGAUAAUAGCAUCUUGAAUUCAGAAUCAUUGGCCAGGAGCAAUGGAUAAUUCUGUUAACCGAGGGAGGUUAUACGCCAUGUAGAAACUAGUCGUUUGCAGGGAAUGAUGUAUGUGACGUUGCGGAGCAGAAAAGCCCUGGCCAUGUAAAGCAAAAACAAUGAUCUUAUGAUAUUACUGUUUUGUUCUUACUGUU